AGCUCAUUUUACUAUUUACUAUCAAUUUCUUUCUUAUUUGUACACAUUUGGACCCGUACACACUGAUAUAGGCUCAUGUUCCUAUAUAGAUAGAGUACAUUAGUCUUUAUAUUUUAUUGUUGUACAUAACACAAAUAAGUAUAAUCAUGAAUUUAACACAUUUAACCCAGGAUUUUUUUAUGGGAUCACUAUAAGGCAUUUCAUACUUUGAACUCUUACCCCGUCAACAUAGUAGAGACAAACAGGCCAAAAUGACAUGUUCAUUUUAGGCUAUAUAAGGCAGUGAAUACAUUAUUAUCUAUUAUUAUUUAUAUAAUUUUUUAUCCAAACCCAUUGGUAAAUGAAAUUUUACUUCAUGACAGCUAUAGUUAUGUUUUUGUUAAAAUUAUUGAAUGUUUUGAUGUUUAAUUGUUUUUUCUUCAAUGCACCGGACUGCGGUUCAGCCCGUUGACCUGAAGUCUAAUUCUAUACCCUUCAAAAAAACUAUGAGGUAGGCCACUAUUCAUAAAUGUAUUUAUUGAUUUAUGUAAAAAAAAAAAAAAAAAUACUAUUAAAAAUAAUUUUAGGUUCAUAAGAACCACACGCACAUGGAAUACACCAUCAAAAGUGAAGAAAUGCUUGUUACCACCUGUGACCUCAACAUCAAAAGACUCAUCAUCACCAAUAGGUGCUGCUGAAGUUACAUUCCCCACUAUGGGUGGCAGUGCUAUUAGUGACCCUUUUUUCAGGUAGGCUAAGAGGUGCUCUCAGUUUCAGGUUGGGUUGCAGCAAAGCCUAAGGGAAGGAAUGUACGCUAAGUGAACAUCAGUAUCAGCUGACCAGUACCAGUGACAGAGCACACAGCUCCAUCGGGGACAAGCAAGCAUCAGGAGUCUUCACUUUUCUGCUGUGGGGAAACCGUCAGACACAUGUGAUGCAGUCUCUUGCCCAAGAAAUAAAAUCCUUCUCUAAAACUAAUCUGAGAAAACAAUGCACCAGGGUGACGACUCUGAGUGGAAGGCGGAUUAUUGAGACCUGGAAAGGCUCCUCUGUGCAUGUCGUUGAGGACACCGUUCAGACGGAGACAACAUUUGGUUAUGUGCAGGACACCAGCUGGGACCUUCAAGUUGGCGCUGUCAAACCACACUUAUUGCUGGGCUCUCAAGAUGCAGCACAUGACUUUGGGACAAUGAGGAAAUUCAAGGUCACGCAUAUAUUGAAUGUUGCUUACGGUGUCGAGAAUGCUUUUCCAGAUCUGUUUAUUUAUAAAACACUGAGCAUAUUGGAUCAGCCUGACACCGACAUUAUAUCAUAUCUUCAGGAGUGCACACAAUUCAUAGAACAAGCCAAGGCUGAGAGAGGAGUUGUGUUGGUUCACUGCAACUCUGGCGUUUCUCGCUGUGCCGCUGUGGUCAUUGGAUACCUCAUGUCCAGAGAGGGCCAGGCAUUCGAUGACGCACUUGCCCUUGUGAAGUCGGCGCGACCUGCCUCCUGUCCAAACCCAGGCUUCUUGGACCAACUGAAAAGUUAUAAACCACAAGCAAACACGCAUAUAAAUGGUCAUUGAAAAUUCUAUAUGUAUCUGUAGCUUGACAGUCUAUUCAUGAUGCACAAAUGAAAUUGCCAUGGAUAGCAUGAGUAAAGGCUGCAGUAUUGUAGUCGAACUGCUAAAAAAAAAGCGAUAUCUUACAUAAUUUAAACAGUGCACAACUACCAUUGUAAAUACUGGGUAAGGUCACUUGAUAAAAAUAGCUAUGUUACUGUUAUUCAUGGCAAGUGUUGGAACCAAACUUCCCAGUUUUGGUAUGCAUGUGCUUUAAUGGAUUAAUUUUUUCAUUUCCUUUUUUUCACACAGAUAUAAUUCUAAAGUAUUGUUAUGAAAUUACAAUCUUCAUAGUAUGGUCAAUGAUUCAGUCCACAAGAUAUUUUGAUAGUCUUAGCCUUGCAAUUAGCCAUUCUGUAAUUCCUUGGUCAAAGCAAUAGCAUAACAUUAGCUCAUUUUAAUCUUUUGCCUAUAAUCUUUCUCUAUUAACUCUAUCAACUUACUCCUAAAGUAUACAUUAGUCAAAGAGAAAUUUGAACAUGUUUUUUGGCUUGUCUAAUUUCAGUCAAAUACUGAUUCCAACUUAGAAGGCACGUUUGAUUUCAAGUUGAUUGUAUUCAUGAAUACAAUUAACUUGAAAUCAAACGUCUUAUCGAAUGUCUUAAUGACUGUAGGGCCUUUUAUUGUCUUUCAAUUGAUUUAUCUCACUGCUGUAUGGUUAAAAGAUGUAAUUUAUUAAUAAAAAAUGUAGCUCCACUGAUUUUUCAGAUAGAUGGGUUCAUAUCAAAUGGCUUUUUAAUGUUUUAUAUUUGCUUUAGUAUUUUUGAAGUUUUUAAAUAACUAACUUUGGAUAGAUAUGGGCUCAGUUACGUUGUUAUUGUUAUUUUUAAUCGCAUGUACCCAUUUUCUAACUGACACAAGGGUUUCACUCAUUUGGCUUGUUGCUCAUAAAACAUUUGAACUUUGCAACAUGUUUGACUAUGUUUGUGAGUGAAAGGAACAAUACUGUAACUCCUGUAGCCCUAAGGAAUCUAUGAUGGAUGUUAGCUGUUGCUUUAGUCCAUUGUACAUCAUUGGAACCUACUCUGUUUCAUGCAUAUAGAUGUUAAAGAUACCCCCAUUUGCAGUACCUCUAUUUAUUUGGCUGUAUUCAUGUAUUACACAAUGUUAAACCAAUCCAGUCACUCGCAGCAUUGUUGUUUAUUAUGUUCUUAUGGCAAGUUAUUUCACAAAAAAAGCUUUGUGUGAACCCCCCACUCAUAAGCCUGUCUUGCACUGGAGCAGAGUAUUUUUUGUUUUGUUUUAUGCAUGUGUGUAGCCUAUGUAACACUUGUUCAGAAUAAAUUGACAGUUGAGUAUAUAAA